CGCGAGGAUGGGGAAAACGGGGCGCACAGCGCCCCGUUCCCCGCCAUUCUCGCCCUCAAACCGGCGAUGAGGGUGGAGGGGGCUCGCCUAGGGCGUAUCACGCACCCUAGGAAUCCUUUCGAUGGCCUUUUGUGGCCGCUACACCCCCACCGACGUGCCCGAUGCGUGCAGGUGGGGUACUGCACUACAUCUUCCCCCUCCCCCCCUUCCCCUACACCGCAGUCACGUAGAAUCGCCUUCGUGGUGAUUUCACACGCCGCUGGCGAUGCCCAUUGCGCUACCGAGGCUCGCUCUCGGUGCGCCGCAUCUGAGUGCAGUCGCAAUUGGC